AUGAUUGUCAAGCAUGAUAAAAACCAUUUCAACUGGCAUGAAGAGAUGCUGAGCCCGCUCCCCUCGCUGCCGUCCUUGGAGCAAGACUCGGACGGCGACUCGGACGUUGACAUGGAGCUAGAGAGCCCAAUUGCGUUUCAAGACUGCACAGAUAACAUACAAUUAAUAUGCACGCCCUACGAGGGGCUUAAGGCAGCGCGCGUGCACCUAGACCCUGCCACGGACUCGAAUUUGCGGCGUCUAUCGGACACGCUCCAGUUGGAGUGCAAUUCGUUGAAGGACCAGCGGCUUUGUGUCGUGCACCAAGUCAAGCUCGUGAAGACGACGGUGCAAGCCAUCAAACUCGACUUCUUCUGGUCGGACGACGAGGAUCUUUCGCCCUCGAUGCCGGUAGACGGCUUUAACUUUUACACAGUGUCCAUCAAGCUUCCGCGGAACGACCCGUUGAUUUGGAAACACUACCUUUUGAAGUCGCAGUACAACCAGAUGGUGGAGUUCCUCUCGCCUUUUGAGCAGCGCCCGCGCUACGAGUCGAGCUACCUAAUGAAGUCGGAGCGGCUCGUGGAUUUCGUGAUGCAGCAAGUUUGGUUGCAGGACGUGCGCGAACAUAAUGCCCAGGACGAGUCGCAGCUAUUCGAAUUGCCGCAACUAUAUACCUGCCUUUACCAAGAGGUACAGUCGAGGUACAACUAA